AUGAGCUUCCAAGACAUUCAAGAUGGCAAGAGGCCUACUUCCAGUUCUUCCAGGUCCAAAAGCCCAUCGCAAGCGGUCGCCGCCGGUAUUUUCCAGAUCAACACUGCCGUUGCUGGCUUCCGUCGUCUCGUCGAUGCCAUUGGAACCGCCAAGGACACUCCUGAACACCGGCACAAACUGCAUAAUACAAGGCAACGGAUUCUGCAGUUAGUCAAAGAAACUUCUGCUAAACUCAAAUCUUUGAGCGAAUCCGAUCACGAUCCUGACAUCAAUGCGAGUAAGAAAAUAGAAGAUGCAAAGCUAGCAAGAGAUUUUCAAACCACAUUGCAAGAGUUCCAGAAAGUUCAACAGCUUGCCUCUGAGCGCGAAUCUGCUUACUCUCCUUCUCUUCCUCCUCAGUCUUCUUUGCCUUCUUCCUCUGGCUCUGGUGAACAUCUGGUGGCUAGUAUGGAUCAAGAUAACCAACCUUUUCUACGGGAACAGAGAAGGCAGGAGCUCAUGCUUAUGAAUAAUGAAAUUGCAUUUAAUGAAGCCAUACUUGAGGAAAGGGAACAGGGUAUUAGAGAUAUAGAAGCACAAAUUGGUGAAGCAAAUGAAAUAUUCAAGGAUCUUGCUGUUCUAGUUCAUGACCAAGGUGUGGUUAUUGAUGAUAUUCACUCAAACAUUGAUUCUUCUGCUGCUGCAACAACUCAAGCAAGGGUUAAGCUAUCCAAGGCUUCAAAAAGCGUGAAAUCUAAAUGCUCAUGGUGUUGGUGGCUACUGGGAAUUGUUAUAGUUGCACUCGUCGUCUUUCUCAUCGUCCUCAUUUUAUAG